AGGUUUUGGUGACUCUUAGCUGUGGCUGCUGACUGCGGUUAGCCCAUUACACUUGCUUAUGACUGAGCUCUUUUACCUCCAAACACUAAGGCAGCGGAUUUCUUAAAUGUUCGUUUCGUUUGGGGUGGAGUUGAAAAGAAGCGUCACUGCUCUUAGGGAGGAUAGCAUUCAGUUCAAUACUCGCUCACUGUGCCUCUCUCUUCCCCUACUGAGUCCUUCUCUCUCCCUCUGUUUUUCUUACCUAUUCUCUGUCUCUCUCAGUAUUUUAAGGUAUUUAUUUUGCCACAGGGUGUCCUGGCUGUAAGCUACUCUGCAUACUUGAGAGAUCCCUGGUCCCUAGGCUGAGAGAGACGGACGGCUGCGGCGAAGAUGCCAAGAUCAGUAUUGGAACCUCUUCUGCAGAAACCGUUUGUAAGAGCUAAGUAGGACAGUUCCUGCGUUGGAUUUAAGCGCCAUCCCUCCCCUGUCUGGGAGGGAAGCUGUAUAUAGUAUAUCGGUGAUGUGUAUGUCCAUUUCUACAACUACAACAGCACUCCGUAAACAGCACUUUUUAUACCUGAUUUUUGUAACAACGAGCGAUAAUUAUAAAUUGCACCCUACCUCAGUGCUGUUUUCCCAAAUGAUGAAAUACUGAAUUUCUAAUUUAAGGCGAACUACAGCAGUUCCAGCUGUCCUUCGUACAAAGCUCAGGUUAACCCAGCAGGGAUUCUAGAGAACAUCUUUGGAAACCAGUGCUCCUUCCAUUUGGCGUCUAACAGGCGUGCAGCACACAACAUGGGAUACUAUUGUCGGUAGCUUAGAUGCCUGGAACAGAUAUACCAUGUCGCUCUUCGGUAUCAUUACCCAUGUAACUUGGCUACACGGUCUCUAAAUGGUGCCUUUACAAACUUUUUUGUUUGAAUCACGAUCACUGCAAAGUUAGUCCAGCAUCAUGCUUCAUUUUGGAACAUGGCUCUCUUUUUCUACUUUACUUAGAUUGUUCUGCUAUGCAGAGACACUGUUUAGUUUGGUUAGUGGGCAGGAUCUAUAUUUCAUCAAAACAAAGGGAGAAAUCAUCUUGGGUGGCCUUUUUCCGGUUCAUGCCAAGGGGAUCCCUGGAGUGCCUUGUGGGGAUAUUAAGAAGGAACAUGGGAUUCACAGACUGGAAGCUAUGUUAUACGCCUUGGACCAGAUUAAUAGUGACCCGUUCCUUCUACCAAACAUCUCUCUAGGAGCGAUGAUUCUUGACACCUGCUCUAGGGACACAUAUGCUUUGGAGCAGUCUCUUUGGUUUGUUCAGGCUCUUAUCCAAAAAGACACAUCGGAUGUUCGGUGCACCAAUGGAGAACCUCCGGUGAUUAACAAGCAAGACAAAGUAGUCGGAGUGAUAGGAGCAUCUGCCAGUUCUGUUUCCAUUAUGGUUGCUAAUAUUUUAAGACUCUUCCAGAUUCCACAAAUCAGUUAUGGGGCAACAGCUCCAGAACUAAGUGAUGACAGACGCUAUGAUUUCUUCUCUCGUGUAGUGUCUCCUAACACAUUCCAAGCCCAGGCUAUGGUGGAUAUCGUCAAGGCUCUAGGCUGGAAUUUUGUGUCAACAAUUGCAUCGGAAGGAAGUUAUGGAGAAAAAGGAGCAGAGGCUUUUGCCCAAUUGUCUAAAGAAGCAGGUGGUGUUUGCAUUUCACAAUCACUGAAAAUUCCACAUGAGCCCCAGCAUGGAGACUUUGAUGAAAUCAUCAGCAAGCUUCGGGAAGCACCAAAUGUCCGGGCUGUAAUUGUUUUUGCAAAUGAAGAUGACAUCCGGGAGCUCCUUGCUGCAGUACGAAGAGCCAAUAAAAUGGAUAAUUUUUUGUGGGUGGGUUCAGAUACAUGGGGGUCAAAGACCAAUCCACUAGCAGGAUAUGAAGAUAUUGCUGAAGGUGCUAUAACCAUUUUCCCAAAAAAAGCAAAAGAUGAAGGAUUUGAUACUUACUUUACAGGCCGUACCUUGGAAAACAACAGAAGAAAUGUAUGGUUUGCAGAAUUCUGGGAAGAAAACUUUAACUGCAAGUUAACCAUAACUGGUUCUAAAAAGGAGGAUACAGAUCGUAAAUGCACUGGUCAAGAGAGAAUAGGAAAAGACGCAGUCUACGAGCAGGAAAGUAAAGUUCCACUUGUAAUUGAUGCUGUGUAUGCCAUGGCCCAUGCUUUGCAUAACAUGCAGAGAGAUCUCUGCCCAGAUUACCCUGGAGUGUGCCCAGAGAUGGAACAAGCUGGAGGAAAGAAAUUACUCAAGUACAUUCGCAAUGUCUCGUUUAAUGGCAGUGCUGGCACUCCUGUGAUGUUUAAUAAAAAUGGGGAUGCUCCUGGGCGUUAUGAUAUCUUUCAGUACCAGAUUCUGAAUGGAACUACCCCAGGCUAUCAUCAGAUUGGUCAAUGGAUGGAUGAACUCCAGCUAAAUAUUGAUGAAAUGCAAUGGCCAGGAACAGACCACGAGAUCCCUACUUCAAUUUGUAGUAAGGCAUGCAAAGUUGGACAGAGAAAGAAAGUAACUAAGGGAAUGCCAUGCUGCUGGAACUGUGAGCUCUGUGACGGAUACCAAUACCAACAUGAUGAGUUUACCUGCUCAGUAUGUGGAUAUGGCAUGCGUCCCAAUGAAAAUCGCACUGGCUGCCGACCUAUACCUAUCAUAAAACUGGAAUGGCAUUCUCCUUGGGCUGUCAUCCCUGUCUUCUUGGCUAUGCUUGGAAUUAUUGCCACCAUUUUUGUCAUGGCAACGUUUAUUCGAUAUAAUGAUACACCAAUAGUACGAGCUACUGGGAGAGAACUUAGCUAUGUAUUACUAACUGGAAUAUUCUUUUGUUAUAUUAUCACAUUCCUGAUGAUUGCAAAGCCAAAUGUUGUUAUAUGUUCAUUCCGUCGUAUCUUUCUAGGCUUGGGCAUGUGCAUCAGUUACGCAGCCCUGCUGACAAAAACAAAUCGCAUUUACCGUAUAUUUGAACAAGGCAAGAAAUCUGUGACUGCACCAAGGCUAAUAAGUCCGAGCUCACAGCUAGUAAUCACAUUCAGUUUGAUUUCCCUUCAGCUUCUAGGAGUUUUCAUAUGGUUCAGAGUUGAUCCUCCUAAUACUGUCAUAGAUUAUGACAAACAGAUGCCUUCAGACCCUGAACAAGCCCGGGGAGUCCUGAAAUGUGACAUUUCAGAUCUACAGAUUAUUUGUUCAUUGGGAUAUAGCAUUCUUCUAAUGGUCACAUGCACUGUCUAUGCGAUAAAGACACGAGGUGUACCUGAGAACUUCAAUGAAGCAAAACCAAUAGGAUUUACAAUGUACACAACCUGUAUAGUAUGGCUUGCCUUCAUUCCUAUAUUUUUUGGAACUGCACAAUCAGCUGAAAAGCUCUACAUACAGACAACCACCUUAACAAUAUCCAUGAAUUUAAGUGCGUCCGUGGCACUGGGAAUGCUUUAUGUGCCGAAGGCGUAUAUCAUAAUUUUCCAUCCAGAGCAAAAUGUUCAAAAGAGGAAGAGAAGCUUCAAAGCAGUUGUGACAGCAGCUACAAUGUCUUCACGAUUAUCUCACAAAACAAGUGACAGGCCAAAUGGGGAAGCAAAAACAGAACUCUGUGAAAAUGUAGACCCAAACAGUCCUGCAGCAAAAAAGAAAUAUGUCAGUUACAAUAACUUGGUGAUUUAAUGCAGUCCUUCCAUGGACAACCCGGAGUAUGAUGUCCUUCAAAAAUUCGGUCACCCAGUCAGGUGAAGGCCUCUUCCAGUCCUCCACCGUACUGUCACUGGAGGAGACUGAGGACCAGGCAGUAACCAUGGAGACCAGUAUUAAAGGACCCAAGUGUUUUUAAACAGCUGCUUUUGACUGCUUCCUUGAACAUUAUUGGCUUUAUAAGUCACUGGCACUGCCAAUCUGCUGUCAGCUUGGACCUUGUCUGUCAACAAGAGCUAAGACAAAUAUUCUCACCACAUAUGGUGAACUGCAUUCAGUAACAAUGACUUCACAGGGGGCUAUUCUGUCUUUCAAUGUACUUCCAGACUGCAAGUUUCUUACAAUUUUCUGUACAGUUUGUGAGGACUUUUAUUCAUGUGCUAUCAUUUUUUGUCAUUUCAGUUUCAUUGUUUGCUUUUGAAUGCACAUUUAUAUUAAAGCCAUAUUCUAUCUCUAAUUUCAAAUAUUUAAAAAUUUCGAGAGAGAUAAAAUCAUUUUUGUACAGUUCUAAUUGUGUCAUUGAAGUCUCUAGAAUCGGAAAGGAUUGUUCAAGAACAGCAAGUAGAAUAUUGUUGAGGAUAGGAAAGGACUUUAUUUUUCAAAUGUGAUAAUUUUUUUAAGAAGCAGAAAAUUAGUAAAUGAAAUUUCUUGGAUCUAAAUGUUAAGAAUGCAUGCCCAGUAUGGUAAUUUAAGUGUUAUUCACUUCAGUUAAACAUUGGCUUUGUGUUUUGUUUCAUGACCUUGUUCCAAUAAAACUAGUUACAAUAUUGUUUUAAUAAUUCCAAAGUUAUCAAAAAGACAGAAUAUGGCUUUAAAUUGUCUUGAGAUUCCUGUCUAUGCCCCAGAUUAUGGAAUGGUGUGAUUAAAGAACUGAAAAGCAUGUAUGUUUUAUACAGUUUGUAAUGAGUAAUUUGUUAUUUUUGCUGCUUUUGUGCUGAUACGGUGAAAAAAACAAUUUCUGCAUUUCUUUUGCCACACAUUCUGUAAAAUCAGUUAUGUGAUCUUGUCCAAGAAUGUAUCAGUAUAAAAUAAAACCAUUUGGUUAUCCUUUUUUAUUCCCAGCAA